GGGUUAUCGGGUCAAAUUCAGGUGGAGGCGUGGCAAAGCACAACUGGUCGAGCCAGCGCGCACAUUUGUACUGCGACUUCACACACAAGCAACUAAUAUGGUGAACCUUGGAGAUAUUUUCCCUGAUUUUACAGCCGAUUCGACAGAAGGCACUAUCAAAUUCCAUGACAAAAUAGCAAACUCAUGGGCCAUCUUGUUUUCGCAUCCGGCUGACUUCACACCUGUGUGUACUACUGAGCUUGCCAAUGUCCAUAAAUUGAAACCAGAAUUUGAGAAGCGCGGUGUGAAACUAUUUGCUCUGUCCUGCAACGAUACUGCAUCACACAAUGCUUGGACAAAAGAUGUGCUUAGCUACUCCAAGAAGGUACUCGACGGGUCUGAGGAAACCACACUUUCAUUCCCCAUCAUUGCUGAUCCGGAUCGCACCCUGGCAGUCAAAUUUGGGAUGGUGGACCCUGAUGAGAAGGACGCAGCUGGUCUCCCAUUGACAUGCAGGGCUGUGUUUAUCAUUGGCAAAGACCAGAAACUGAAGGCAUCUCUGCUGUACCCAGCCACCACUGGCAGGAGCUUCCCAGAAAUUCUGCGUGUGGUAGACUCUCUCCAGCUGACUGCCACCAAAAAAGUAGCCACGCCUGCCAAUUGGAAUGUUGGUGAUGAGGUGAUGGUUGUUCCGUCACUGUCAAAGGAACAGGCACAGACUGAAUUCCCACAGCACAGACUUAUAGAAGUGCCAUCCAAAAAAGAAUAUAUUCGUCUGACAGUUACAAAAGACAUGUAAUCACUCCCUUAACCCUUUCACCACUGUAGACCAUAAUGGACUCCUCUAGAUCAAAGCAUGGAAGAGUUUACUGAAGUUACAUAGGGGUGAAAGGGUUAUAGGUGAAAGCUAGUAGUCAAACAGAGAUAUGAAAUCGUUGUGCACGUUGGGAUAAGAGUGUCAAAUUUAUCUCGCAUGUGAGAUAUGUCCUAAAACCUUGCUGUUUAGGGCCGUCAGAGGAUUUUCCUUACUGUAUAUGGCUAUAACAAAUGGCUGUCAAUUUAAAGCAUUGUUGUCGGUAAGUAAUUUGGAGAGGUGUUGCUAUCACAUAUUGAGUACACAUAAACAUCAGCUAAAUUCUUGUAAUGAAAAUGUUUAGAUACAGGGCCAUCUUGUUUAAAAUGUUUACUUCCUUAACUCAUUCACCCCUAAAAUUUCAUCAUGAUCUAUUCUAACCUUUGAAUUGGAAGAGUUCACAUGUGUCUUCAGGGGUGAAUGAGUUAAACCACCUUGAAAUAGUCCAAAAUGUACAUCUUAUAUUAUCAGACCAAACGGUCUCAACAAUACAAAUGCUAUUUGGGCCCGCCCAAUUUCAUACUUCGAUCACAAGGUGCACAAUUACUCAGAAAUUCUACACAUUUGUGUUUGACUUAAGUUCAGAGCCAUCCAGGUAGUACAGUCACAUCCAAGUACUUCAUCAACAAGACCACAGGGCUACUGAAGUAAUGACUGGCCAAAAAUGGCCUCUUUAUGGCUAUAGCACAGCAUCUAAUUUACUCUUCAGAAGUGAAAAAUACAAACGUUGCUUCAGUCUUCCUGAAAAAUAUUGUUAUUGAAUAGCUUUGGUUAAUCUGUAUUAUACUUGACACAUAUUCUAUACAUGCUAAAAUGAUGUCUCCCUUCCCCCAUUGUUUAUUUACAUCAAUUCCUUCAUCACCGUAAACAGAUUUAGAUAGAGCUUUAUAUUUUUUAAGGUUUUUUACAUUGUCUAUAGCUUACUUCACCUUAGCAUAUGCUGGAAUGCAAGGUUUCUAUAUUAAUCACCAUACAUUCAGCAUCAGUAUCUAAAGUGUAGGUUGGUUGUGUUGAUUUAGGAAAUGCUUUAUUUUCUAUUUCUUACAUAAGUGCUAAGUGGAAGCUCCAUUUUCCUUGUGUUUGUUAUACACGUUUUUUUGUUGAAGAAAAUAAAACACUGAUUUUUUUUGCUGGAAUAGAAUUGUUUUUCUCUUAUUGUGGAUACAGUUUUGAUUGGAAAUGUUUACAUGUGGAGAGGAAAUUUGACACCAGAUAUAUAGAUUUUACCUGUAAAGGGAGAUAAUUUGACUGAAAGUUUCCAGGUGUACAGAAGUGCUACCUUACCUGUUGAUCAUCAUUAUAAUUUGGUGUAAACAGUCUUUUACAUUUAGUAUCGGGUUUACUUUGGUAUCCAAGGAUAUAUAUGUAUAUACACAAAAUCCGUUUGUAACCUGUAUCUUAUGCUGAAAUAAAAAACCUUUACUAUGCUAUU